CCUUCCUUCUGUCAGGAAGGGCAGAGACAGAGGCCAAUUAAUAAAGCCCUCUCUUUUCUUCUCCCCAUACAAACAAAUUGUGUUUUUAAUUUGUUUGUGUACGUACGUACCCUACCCCUAAUUAAACAAACACCAACGAUGGGAUUCAAGCUCUACCUGAUCGCCCUCAUGGUGGUCUUGGCCAUGGUGGCUAGGUCAUCGGCCAAGGUCCACGAUGCCUUGUGGACUCUCAGCCACUUCGGCAAUCACGAUGAUGAGUCGUUGCUCGACAGCGCCAACAGCAAAGUCGGUGACUUGAUCGGAGAGGAGAAUGAGAUGAUGAUGGAGACAGAGAGCACUCGUAGGACACUCAGAGGCCGCGGCAGGAGGUACGUUGGCUAUGGUGCCCUGAGACGCAAUGCUGUUCCAUGCGGACGCCGCGGUCGGUCCUACUACAACUGCCAAGGAAGGCAGAGGGCUAACCCUUACAAGCGCGGUUGCCAGUACAUCACCCGCUGCGCCAGACGCUAAAUCUGAUCGAUGAUCGAUUCUAUCCAGUUAAUUAACAUGGCCAUAAAGGGUACGUACGUACAAGGAUAUAUAGCGAAGAGAUAAUGAAAGUGGGAUCACUCAUCGAUCAUCGCUAUGAUCAUCAUCAUCAUCAUUUAUGCUUGUAAGAUUUAUAUAAUUAAUUUCCUCCUUUGGUGUUUUAAUUUAAAAGAAAAAUAUUAAGAUGAA